UAAAAGGAAGGGUGUUCCUAUUUGUGACGUCAUAAUUGUUCAUCAUGCAUCAAUCGUUAUGUGUGUGACAUAGCACGCGUGCUGAUAACGUUGGAACGUAAAACUGACCAACUUUGCGGACUAAAUUCGCCCAUUUCUGUGCCAUUUUUGGUUGGAAUUUUGAUACCAGUCAACGGGUGGGAUACUGAGGAUACUCCUGCGGCACCAUUGAUCCCGAAGUUAUGUCCGGGGAAGCGGGCACGACGGGGACAAGUACCCGUGCGUCUGCCGCGAGCACUGGGCCGACCUCGGCCGUCAAGAUACGGGGCUCGCCCAGCAAGUACGUCAAGCUGAAUGUCGGCGGUGCGCUGUUCUACACCACCAUUGACACGCUGACCAAACAGGAUAACAUGCUGAGGGCCAUGUUUAGCGGACGGAUGGAAGUCCUGACUGAUUCUGAAGGAUGGAUCCUUAUCGACCGCUGCGGCAAGCACUUCAACAUCAUCCUCAACUACUUGCGAGACGGUCAGGUUCCACUUCCGGAGCUACAGAGCGAAAUCGAGGAGCUUCACAACGAAGCCAAAUAUUACCUGAUCCAAGGGCUGGUGGACCAGUGCCAGAAAGCGUUGAAGAGAAAACGGGACGAGUAUUUUCCCGUGUGUCGCAUUCCUGUCAUAACGUCGCAGAGGGAAGCACAACUGCUUAUCAACGGCUCAACAAAGCCAAUUGUCAAGCUGUUAUACAACAGACAAAACAACAAAUAUUCCUACACAAGCAACUCAGAUGACAACAUACUGAAGAACAUUGAAAUGUUUGACAAGCUCUCGGUGCGUUUCAACGGACGCGUCAUCUUCGUCAAGGACGUCAUCGGCGGAAACGAGGAAAUCUGCUGCUGGUCCUUCUACGGCCACAGUCGAAAAGUUGCUGAGAUUAGCUGCACAUCCAUUAUGUACACCAGUGAGAAGAAACAAACAAAGGUUGAAUUUCCUGAGGCUCGAAUCUUGGAAGAAACGUUAAACAUUCUCCUCUACGAAAAGUUGGACAGCCAAGACGCCGAGGCCAUGCACAACAUAGGCACCAAGCUAGGCUCCUUCGCAGCCGCUGCGGCGUGCCACAGUGAUGACGACGAGGACCACCGAGUCCGGAAGACAUGAGAAGAGACUAGUCAUCAACGACCCUGUGCUGGGCCAAUUUUCAUGGAGCUGUUGAACAGAAAAGAUUGCUUAGCGAAUUUAUGUGCUCAGUAAGAAUAAGCUGGGAACCAGUGAGCAAUGUGAAUCCCAUGAUAUAUUUUCUGGUUACCAGUUUUUGCUAAGCAAAUAUGAGCUUAGCAAAUUUCUGUGCGCAGCAAAGAUAAACAAGGAACCAGUGAUAAGCAAGUUGAAUCCUAUGAUAUUUUGGCUGGUAGGCCAUGUUUGCUAAGCAAACAUUUUCUGAGCUGAGCACAUUUCUGUGCUUAGCAAAGAUAAACAGGGAACCAGUGAUAAGCAAGUUGAAUCCUAUGAUAUUUUGGCUGGUAACCUGUUUUUGCUAAGCAAAUAUUUUCUAAGCUUAGCAAAUAUCUGUGCUUAGUAAAGUUCAACAGGGAAUCAGUGAUAAGGAAUGUGAAUCCAGAGAUAAUUUGGCUGGUAACUUGUCUUUGCUAAGCAAAUAUUUUCGUAGCUGAGCAAAUUUCCGUGGUUUUGGCUGGUAACCUGUUUUUGCUAAGCAAAUAUUUUCUGUGUUUUAUCAAAUUGCUGUGCUUAGCAAAGAUAAACAGGAAACCAGUGAUGAGCAAUAUGAUUCCAAUGAUAUUUUGGCUGGUAAGCUGUAUUUACUUAGCAAAUACUUUCUGAGCUUGGCAAAUAUCUGUGCUUAACUAAAGAUAAACAGGGAAUCAGUGAUGAGCAAUGUGAAUCCAAUCAUAUUUUGGCUGGUAACCUGUAUUUGCUUAGCAAUUUUUUCUAAGCUUAACAAAUUUCUGCAAUGCGUCCCAGAUGUCAUAUUUUUUCAGCAGAACAUUUUGCUUAGCAAAUAUAAGCUGGGAACCAGUGAGAAAUGUAGAUCUUAUGAUAUUUUAGCUGGUAACAUGUUUUUGCUAAGCAAAUAUUUUCUGAGCUGAGCAAAUUUUUUCCCUUAACAGAUCUAUGAAAUUAGCCCCGAAUCUCAUGGUGUAUCAUUAAGUCAAAAUCGGAAUUACAAAUUGCAUACCUCUGAACAUUCAAACAUAAUAGUGAAGUUAUGGUAUGACAUCGUACCUUUAUAGAAAAUUUAAAUAUUGUGUAGAUGGAAUAAGAGUCUGUAGAAUGCUUGCAAAAUCUGGAAGAAAUGGAAGAAUCUUUCGCACAAAAUUCCAACAUCUUAAAAACUGCAGCUGAGUUUGCAGUAGGGCUGUGCCGAAUAUACCAAAUAUUCGAAUAUUCGAAUAUUCGAAUAUUUGAUCAUCAACCGAAUAUCUGAAUAGCGUUUUUCUAUUCAAGUAUUCAGUCUCUAUAGGAGAAGAUGAAAAACAUCCAUGGUGUUAUUUUAAUCGUAUCAGUUACAUGGCUUUAUUGUUUGCCAAAUGUCACACUUUUUUAAAAAGGACUAAAAUCGGUCAAAUAUCUGUUUACAUUAUUUUAAAUGCACUCUCUGUCAAUUUUUUGAAAUUAUUUAUUUAUGUGUGUGUGUAGUUGGAAUUCCGAACUGGCUUAUUGACAUCGGUGGCAACAUCCUUCAACAUUCCGAUAGGAAGAAGGCCGCGCAAUGGAAUGGGACCGUUUCACAUUUGUUAGUGAAACCAUCUCAGCAGAACUUUUUGUACAAAAUUCUAUAUUGUAUGUAAAUUGACAUAUUCGUCAAGCCAGAUUUAAAAGUAUUUGGCGAGAAGCAUGGACACAUGUGAGAACGUGUAUAAAGAAUGUAUCUGAAAAUAAAAUUAAAAAGCUGGUAAAUUACCAUGUACAAUUUUGGUACAAAAAAAAUGUGUUCAAAAACUUAAUGUAUUCCCUGUAUUGUAACUUGGCAUUUUGGGGAUUCUUUGCCCCUUCUGUACAAUGGAAAUAAAGUGAAAAUAAUGAGACAUUUACUUUUUUUGUCA